AGCCGGCGCGGCCAUGGCCCAGCCCGGGGCCAGCCCGGGCCCGGAGCCGAGCGAGGCUCUCCUUCAGCGAGUUGCAGAACUGGAAAAAGUCAAUGCUGAAUUUCUGCGCACGAAGCAGCAUCUUGAGCAGGAAUUCAAUCAAAAGAGAGCAAAAUUUAAAGAGUUGUAUUUGGCUAAAGAGGAGGAUCUGAAGAAACAAAAUGCAGUCCUGCAGGCAGCACAGGAUGAUUUGGAGCAACUGCGAACGCAGCUCACGGAGGCUCAGGCUGAGAUGGAGAACAUUAAGGCCAUUGCUACAGUCUCUGAAAAUACAAAGCAGGAAGCGAUUGAUGAGGUGAAGAGGCAAUGGCAGGAAGAGGUUGCCUCGCUGCAGGCUAUAAUGAAAGAAACUGUCCGCGACUGUGAACUCCAGAUUCAUCACCGGCUGGAGCAAGAGCGAGCUCAGUGGAACCAGUACCGGGAGAAUGUGGAGCGGGAAAUAGCAGAGCUGCGGAGGAGGCUUUCAGAAGGCCAGGAAGAGGAAAAUUUGGAAGAUGAAAUGAAGAAGGCCCAGGAAGAUGCAGAGAAGCUCCGUUCAGUUGUUAUGCCCAUGGAGAAGGAGAUUGCAACUUUAAAAGAGAAACUGACAGAAGCGGAAGAAAAGAUAAAGGAGUUGGAGGCUUCAAAGAGUAAAGAACUGAAUCAUUAUUUGGAAGCUGAGAAAUCCUGUAGAACAGAUCUAGAAAUGUAUGUAGCUGUUCUGAACACUCAGAAGUCCGUCCUGCAAGAAGAUGCAGAGAAAUUGCGGAAGGAACUUCAUGAAGUCUGCCACCUACUAGAACAGGAGCGGCAGCAGCACAACCAGCUGAAACACACGUGGCAAAAGGCCAACGACCAGUUCUUGGAGUCACAGCGUCUGCUGAUGAGGGACAUGCAAUGGAUGGAAAUGGUGCUGACCUCAGAGCAGCUGCGGCAAGUUGAAGAACUGAAGAAGAAAGACCAGGAAGAUGAAGAACAGCGACGACUUCACAAAAGCAAGGAAGACAAACAGAAAGGCCCCAAUGAAGAACCAAAAGCAAUGCGCUCCCAUGCCCAGGAUGACUGCCUUUCUCAGUUUCCUAGCGAAGAGGUGCGCAUAAACAGCGCUCAUGGCUCAGUCCACUCGCUGGACACAGAGGCGAUGCUGUCUUCGGGAGAAUCCCUUAAGUCAGACAAUGACAUGUUUAAAGAGGGGCUGCGCAGAGCGCAGUCAACGGACAGCUUGGGGACAUCAGGAUCCUUACAAGCCAAAACUUUGGUCUACAACAACAAAGCUAAAUCGGCGGGGAACCUUGAUGAGUCUGACUUUGGGCCAUUAGUCGGGGCGGACUCUAUGUCAGAGAACUUUGACACAGCCUCUCUCGGCUCUCUGCAAAUGCCCGGCGGGUUUAUGCUAACCAAAGACCAGGAGAAAGCAAUCACAGCAAUGACACCGGAGCAGGAGGAAACGGCGUCCCUUCUCUCCAGCAUCACACAGACCACAGAAAACGCAUACGUGUCCCCUAGCGGUUACCGCCUCGUUAGCGAAACAGAGUGGAACCUUCUUCAAAAAGAGGUGCAAAACGCUGGGAACAAGCUGGGGCGUCGCUGUGAUAUGUGCUGCAAUUACGAGAAGCAGUUGCAAGGAAUCCAGCUCCAGGAGGCUGAGAUGAGGGAUCAGGUGAAGAAGCUGCAGAUGAUGCUGAGGCAGGCCAACGAUCAGCUCGAGAAGACACUGCGAGAAAAGCAGGAGCUGGAGGAGCGCGUGAAGCAAACCACGGAAGACUCAGGAAAGCAGAUCUCGUCUCUCAUCCUUAGAGUGCAGGAGUCUGAGGCCUCGCUAAGUGAGCUACAGCAGGCAUUUUCUCAAGCUAAGAGAAACGUUCAAGACCAAAUGGAGGCUGUCCUGAUGCAGUCCAGGGAGCACGUCUCGGAGGAGCUGGCAAGGCUCCAGAAAGACAACGAGAGUCUUCAGGGGAAGCAUGGUCUGCAUGUCGCUUUGCAGCAGGCGGAGGACUUCAUCCUGCCAGAAUCCAGCGAGUACCAGCAGGGAGCGAACGGGUGGUCUCCAGCUGACUGGCAAAGCGGCGGGGACUCUGCCCAUUUACACUGGGGGGAGGGGGUGUGGCGCUCCUGCCAAAAACCGUUCAAGCUAUGAAAUCUUCCCGACAGCAGGUGCUGCGCAGGAGCAGCACCCAUCUAUGUGUGACUGCACAGCUGAGCACUGGAAGAACGGCAGUUACAGGUAAGCAACCUGCCUUUAUCAUUCUUGAUGCAUAAACCAGCAAACAGUGUGGCUCUUUCGGUAGUCAUCUGCCCUAGUCUUGGGGCUCACGUGCUAAUCCUGAGAAACCUGCUCUGGAGAAGCACCCAGAAUGGAGCGGCAGUGCAGUCGGUGCGCUGGCCUGGCUCCCUUAUUUCCCAAGUGCCAACUGGCAUUCCUUCGGAAUGGUUGUCCUACACAGAGACUCCUUCCCAAUCUGCACCAUUUAUGCCCCACCACAUGCCAGGGCCCACCUCUCCGUGCCCCACUCCACGUAGCAGAGGGGGCCCGAGCCCCCCCAGGCGGGUGAUCUUCCUCCUCUGAUCCUAGUUGUUUUCCCUUGCCAUCCAUGACAGCCCCACUCGGCUCUUGUGAACACCUGGGCCAGACACUGGAGCGGCUGCUUAUGUAAAUCCGUUCCCUACUGAAGGUGAGGAGUGAGCCUCGCUCCUCACAUGUAAGGUCAGGAUUCUUCUUGAAGAUGGUCUAACUUGGGCCGCUUCGAGCCGGUGGGUCUUGUGCCCCUUCCAGCAGCGUCAGUGGACCAGGAGUGCUGGGGGCUGAAGUCCAGUGCGCUUCUGUUCUCCCCCAUGCUCCUCUUACUCUCACCCAGGGGAGGAAAGAGGAAAUAGGCCACCCUCUCUGGCAAUGGUCGGCAGCUGCCUCCGCCCAGGUUUCUGCACUUCCUGUGGUUCCCCUUGGGUGACACAGCAACGCCAAAGCUACCCAAGUAGGUAGGUUUGUCGUGAAUGGAGCCAGCUAGAGCCGGGGGUCAGACUAGAUGGCCCGAGAGAUCCCUUCUGACUUGCUCUGUUUCUAUGUUUCUAAGUCAGCAGUUGUGGAAGUUGUGCCAUACCGCCGGCUGCGGAAACUGAAGCAGGGGGAAGGUGCAGGCUUGCCUCCAGAUUGCAGUGUCAUGUAUUGUCAUGUUGUGUCCACUUUUGAUUUUAAUUACUGCUUCCAUGUAAGGAAGAUGUUUUCUUUUGAUCCAAGAAAUGCCUGCGACUUGCGCUGAUCUCACUCUCAUUGGCUGCCAGGGUUUGGAGGGAUGAUGUGCUGGAGGGCUGUGGAGAUGGACCGGGUGCAGACAGAGCCCCUUUUAGGCCUGUGCACUGGGCGCGGCGGGAGGGAGUGGCAGCCGGCAGAGGCACCGGUGCUUCCUCACACUUCAGGAAACUUCCCUCGGUCGCGUGUGUGGAGGGACAUGUUCUGAAACAGCAGUGGUCUUAAAGAACGCCAUUCCCAAGUCCUGCUCCAAGUGAACAAGCCGAGCUGUGACUGUAGGAACGAUUUCCAUCGAUCGCAGGCUGUAUUUAAGGUCGUGCUCCAUCCUCCAAAGCAUUUGAAUAGAUUCCCAGACUUAAGUGUGCCUUCCUUCGCUGGACCAUGACAACCAGAGGCGCGGCUUCUGAGCCUUGCGGUGUUCUAGCUAUGUGCGGGGGCACAGGGCUGGCAGGUGCGGGGGCCCAGGUUUCUUUCUGCUGGCGAGGCGCUGGGGUGGCGAGGCUGGGAGCAAGUCCAGACAGACCGCUGGGGGGAUGUGUCUGCAUGGGGUGGAGAGGGGAUCAAGCAGCACUCUGUUGUGCCAGUUUG